GCUGGAUCGGCUAUGAUCCCGCAGCGGCCAAGGCAGGGCUCAGGCCCGGGCAUUCUCGCCACACGUUGCUUCAUUGGCGAAGCCAGUCGCCAAACUUUUUCUCCCCAGAGCCAGUGCCCCCGCAGUUACUUGGCGGGCUGCCGGCAGCCCACUCUCGGCGGGACGAUCUGGGAAAAGCGGGCGUGGGGCGAGGGGGCUGCUGUCUUGCAGCCCUGCGAGGCGUGCAGGCGAAGUGGUCCGCGUUCCGCACGGUCCCUGCGCCUGCCCCCUGGCCGGGGUGGCCCGACGUGCUGCAGUGGCUGGCGCAGGUGAUCCGGGCAGCGCGUCCAGCACUAGUCAGGGGGGCAGCGGCACGGGAGGGAGGGCGCCUUUCUCUUUUCUCCUCCCCCUGCAGCCCAGCUGCACUGCGUGGGGGCUCUCCGUCUCCAGCAGGGCUGAGGGGCGCACGCAAUCAGCAGGUGGAAUCCCUGCCCUGGAGCGCCCUGGCUCUGGACUGCGUCCCCCAGGGUUUCUGUCCUACAGACUCCCCUCCCCAUCUUUCUCUGCCACACACGCUUCCCUAAGCCGCGCGCGCCGCAAACUCAGUCUCGGUCCCCGCAGGUGAUGUCAUGCCCAUUGUUUUGGUGCGGCCAACCAAUCGGACUCGCCGCCUGGAUUCUACCGGAGCCGGCAUGGGCCCUUCCUCGCACCAGCAGCAGGAGUCCCCGCUCCCGACCAUAACGCAUUGCGCAGGGUGCACCACCGCUUGGUCUCCCUGCAGCUUUAACAGCCCUGACAUGGAAACCCCAUUGCAGUUCCAGCGCGGCUUCUUCCCAGAGCAGCCGCCGCCGCCGCCGCGCUCCUCACACCUGCAUUGCCAGCAGCAGCAACAGAGCCAGGACAAGCCGUGCCCGCCCUUCGCGCCCCUCCCGCACCCUCACCACCACCCGCACCUCGCGCACCAGCAGCCGGCCAGCGGCGGCAGCAGCCCAUGCCUCCGGUGCAACAGCUGCGCCUCCUCCGGUGCCCCGGCGGCGGGGGCGGGGGAUAACCUGUCCCUGCUGCUCCGCACCUCCUCGCCUGGCGGUGCCUUCCGGACCCGCACCUCCUCACCGCUGUCGGGCUCGUCGUGCUGCUGCUGCUGCUGCUCGUCGCGCCGGGGCAGCCAGCUCAAUGUGAGCGAGCUGACGCCGUCCAGCCAUGCCAGUGCGCUCCGGCAGCAGUACGCGCAGCAGCCCGCGUCCACCUCCCAGUACCACCAGUGCCACAGCCUGCAGCCCGCCGCCAGCCCUACGGGCAGCCUCGGCAGCCUGGGCUCCGGGCCCCCGCUCUCGCACCACCACCACCACCCGCACCCGGCGCACCACCAGCACCACCAGCCCCAGGCGCGCCGCGAGAGCAACCCCUUCACCGAAAUAGCCAUGAGCAGCUGCAGGUACAACGGGGGCGUCAUGCGGCCGCUCAGCAACUUGAGCGCGUCCCGCAGGAACCUGCACGAGAUGGACUCAGAGGCGCAGCCCCUGCAGCCCCCCGCGUCCGUCGGAGGAGGUGGCGGUGUGUCCUCCCCGUCUGCAGCCGCUGCAGCCGCCGCCGCUUCGUCCUCAGCCCCCGAGAUUGUGGUGUCGAAGCCCGAGCACAACAAUUCCAACAACCUGGCGCUCUAUGGAACCGGCGGCGGAGGCAGCACUGGAGGCGGCGGCGGCGGUGGCGGGAGCGGGCACGGCAGCAGCAGUGGCACCAAGUCCAGCAAAAAGAAAAACCAGAACAUCGGCUACAAGCUGGGCCACCGGCGCGCCCUGUUCGAAAAGCGCAAGCGGCUCAGCGACUACGCGCUCAUCUUCGGCAUGUUCGGCAUCGUGGUCAUGGUCAUCGAGACCGAGCUGUCAUGGGGCGCUUACGACAAGGCGUCGCUGUAUUCCUUAGCUCUGAAAUGCCUUAUCAGUCUCUCCACGAUCAUCCUGCUCGGUCUGAUCAUCGUGUACCACGCCAGGGAAAUACAGUUGUUCAUGGUGGACAAUGGAGCAGAUGACUGGAGAAUAGCCAUGACUUAUGAGCGUAUUUUCUUCAUCUGCUUGGAAAUACUGGUGUGUGCUAUUCAUCCCAUACCUGGGAAUUAUACGUUCACAUGGACGGCCCGGCUUGCCUUCUCCUAUGCCCCAUCCACAACCACCGCUGAUGUGGAUAUUAUUUUAUCUAUACCAAUGUUCUUAAGACUCUAUCUGAUUGCCAGAGUCAUGCUUUUACAUAGCAAACUUUUCACUGAUGCCUCCUCUAGAAGCAUUGGAGCACUUAAUAAGAUAAACUUCAAUACACGUUUUGUUAUGAAGACUUUAAUGACUAUAUGCCCAGGAACUGUACUCUUGGUUUUUAGUAUCUCAUUAUGGAUAAUUGCCGCAUGGACUGUCCGAGCUUGUGAAAGGUACCAUGAUCAACAGGAUGUUACUAGCAACUUCCUUGGAGCGAUGUGGUUGAUAUCAAUAACUUUCCUCUCCAUUGGUUAUGGUGACAUGGUACCUAACACAUACUGCGGAAAAGGAGUCUGCUUGCUUACUGGAAUUAUGGGUGCUGGUUGCACAGCCCUGGUGGUAGCUGUAGUGGCAAGGAAGCUAGAACUUACCAAAGCAGAAAAACACGUGCACAAUUUCAUGAUGGAUACUCAGCUGACUAAAAGAGUAAAAAAUGCAGCUGCCAAUGUACUCAGGGAAACAUGGCUAAUUUACAAAAAUACAAAGCUAGUAAAAAAGAUAGAUCAUGCGAAAGUAAGAAAACAUCAACGAAAAUUCUUGCAAGCUAUUCAUCAAGCUCGGAAAUUAAGAAGUGUAAAAAUGGAGCAGAGGAAGCUGAAUGACCAAGCAAACACCUUGGUGGACCUGGCAAAGACCCAGAAUAUCAUGUAUGACAUGAUUUCUGACUUAAACGAAAGGAGUGAAGACUUCGAGAAGAGGAUUGUUACCCUGGAAACAAAAUUAGAGACUUUGAUUGGUAGCAUCCACGCCCUCCCUGGGCUCAUAAGUCAGACCAUCAGGCAGCAGCAAAGAGAUUUCAUUGAGGCUCAGAUGGAGGGCUACGACAAGCAUGUCACUUACAACGCUGAACGGUCCCGGUCCUCGUCCAGGAGGCGGCGGUCCUCCUCCACAGCGCCACCAACUUCAUCAGAGAGUAGCUAGAAGAGAAUAAGUUAACCACAAAAUAAGACUUUUUGCCAUCAUAUGGUCAAUAUUUUAGCUUUUAUUGUAAAGCCCCUAUGGUUCUAAUCAGCGUUAUCCGGGUUCUGAUGUCAGAAUCCUGGGAACCUGAACACUAAGUUUUAGGCCAAAAUGAGUGAAAACUCUUUUUUGUUUCUUUCAGAUGCACAGGGAAUGCACCUAUUAUUGCUAUAUAGAUUGUUCCUCCUGUAAUUUCACUAACUUUUUAUUCAUGCACUUCAAACUUUACUACUACAUUAUAUGAUAUAUAAUAAAAAAAGUUAAUUUCUGC